UAUCACAUUUUUCACUGGCAACAAAAAUAAAAAAACAAAUCAAACUCAGAGCUCCACAACAACAAUGGCGCUCUCUACAGUGAUACGUGGUGCAGUGAGAGCUUAUUUUCAGAGGGAAUGGAACGAUCAAUUCAUGAAUUCCAACGAACUUCCACCUGCCGCUGUUCCUAUCAUGAGUGAGGUUUACGCGUUACUCGGUACGGUUUUCUUAACCUUACCAAUAGCCAGUAAUGUUACCGGGGUUACAAUGCUCCUCGGAAUUAAUCCACGAUCUCUGUAUGUUGCACUUUGGAAUGUGACCAUGAUUUUUUUCUGGUUCUGGGCUACAAUUGGCUGGGCGAAAAGCUUCUUUUUCUUCUACGGUCUCUCCGAUACUCUGUUUAUUAUCGGGAUCCUCGAAUCGAGCGCCUCAAUCAUUUCUCAUGACUCUCCUUUCAUUCCAUUGAUGAUGUAUUUGGCAAGUUCAUUGUUUGUGAGGUAUGUAACCGCUUACAGCCAGGUGAUGGCGCAAAGAAUCGUACACAACGGCGAGAACAGACUUGCGAUACACGCAAUCUACCUCUUCACUGAUUUUCCUUUUGUCUGUUACCAUUUUGCCACAAUGGGGGUGGAGGAGGGGAUAAGGCGGCGCAGAGGCGGAGUACCGGAACAACUGUAACAAGUUUGUGGCGGCAGAAACGGCGGCUUGGCUUUCUGAAAUUCUGUCUUGGAGUCACUUCAUAAAGGGAUAUAAUAUAGACAAUUAGUAUACAUAAAUAAAUGCAGGAUGAUGAAUUGAUGAAGAUAUAAAGUGUGUGUGAAUUAGUGUUUUUAGCUACACAAUAUAUACAGUUUUUUGCAGUGAAAGUAUUCCAAGUGGUUGGUUUUGACUUUUGAACUAAAUAUAUGAUCUUCUAUAUUGAUUAGCAUGCAUAAG